GAUUGCUAUAAACCCAAAGCAUAAUGUAUUUUUUAAUUGCCGGUGUCAUCAUUACCUUCUUGUAUUGGUACAGUACAAGAACGUUCUCUUACUGGAAAAACAGAGGAGUGAAACAUGAUCCGCCAGUACCAGGACUUGGGAACAAUGCAGACCAAGUGUUCGCCAGGAAAAGCAUGUCACAAGUCAUCGAAGACGUAUACUGGAGGUACCCCAACGAGAAAGUCGUCGGUUUCUACAGACUUACUCAGCCAGAGCUGGUGAUCAGGGACCCUGAUGUAAUAAAAAGUAUUUUUACUACCGAUUUUGCGUAUUUUUACGCCAGAUCGCACCUUGGAAGCGAAAGCGGAGACCAAGUUGAACCUUUGAGGAGGAACAUGUUGGUUGCGGAAGGUGACCUGUGGCGGUUAUUGAGGCAGGGAUGUUCGCCUGCGUUCACCAUGGGGAAGCUGAAAGCUAUGUUUCCGCUGAUCGUGGAGCGAGCUGAGAGGCUACAGGAGCUGACGCAGGGGCUCGUGGAGGGCGGCGCUCCCAUCGACGCGCGGGACCUCAUGGCCCGUUUCACCAUCGACUUCAUCGGCGCCUGCGGCCUCGGCAUCGACGCCGCCGCCCUCGACGAUGACAACUCUCCGUUCCGAAAACUUGGAGAGCAAAUAUUUCACAUAGGGCCUAGAGAAACCAUCAUAUACAUUCUCAAAGAAUUGUUCCCCGGUAAAUUCCCGUUUCUAAAAUAUUUCGGUCAAUUCGAGAAAUAUUUACUUCACCUGGUGCGCGAGAUUCAGAAUUUGAGGAACAACACGCCGUCAGGGAGGAAUGAUUUUGUAGAUUUGUUGAUGGAGAUGAAAAGGAAGGGGAAAAUCGAAGUCGAGUCCAUGGAAAGACAGAAACCAGAUGGCACUCCAGAGCGAGUGUCAAUGGAGAUUGACGAUAUGAUGAUAGCAGCCAAUGUGUUCAUGUUCUUCGGAGCUGGUUUUGAGACGGCAUCAAACUCCACCAGCUUCACUCUCCACGCACUGGCAUACAACCCAGAUAAACAAAAGAAAGUCCAACAAGAAAUUGACAGAGUGCUCGCUAAGUAUGAAAACAAACUUAGUUGGGAUGCGAUUAAGGAGAUGCAGUAUUUGGAAUGGACAUUCAAGGAAGGUUUGCGUAUGCAGCCACCAGUGGGACAUAUAGGGAGGACGUGUAAAAGAAAAUACACCUUCCAGGAGCUAGGUUUGACCAUCGACGAAGGAGUGAGAGUGAGGAUAUCAGUCCAGGCGUUGCACAAUGACCCAUUGUACUGGAAUAACCCUGAGGAGUUCAGGCCUGAAAGGUUUAGCCCAGAUGAGCAUAAUGAAGCUAGAACAAAAUAUACCUACAUUCCCUUUGGCACUGGACCAAGGAUAUGUGCCGGUGAGCGUCUCGGCAUGAUGCAGUCCCUGGCCGGCUUAGCAGCCGUGUUAUCCCGUUUCACCGUGGAACCGGCACCCAACUCCACAUGGAACACCACAAUAGACCCCAAGUCUAACAUCACCCAAGGAGUGGUCGGGGGACUACCACUCGUUUUCAAGGAGAGGAAGAACUUCCAAACUGAACCGUUACUGAUAGAAGAGUUUCCUGUCCGGGCAUUAUAGUCGGUAGAUGGCGCUGUGUUUUAGAGAUAGUGAUAGAUCUAUUUCCACACAGGAUAACGUAUGAACAAAAGCCACAUUGCAGGCUAGCAUGCACUGGGCCCAAGAUAGAUAGGCUUGGGGAACACUUGUGAAGAGUGUUCCACAGUCGUCACGUCGCUCAGCCAUGAGGAUACGACAAGGAAGAGAAGAAUAUCUUUAUUUGCAUGCCAGGUAUUUCAGAUACAUGGACCCUGAAAAGGAUGAAGCAAUAGGAAGGAUAUGUGAAGGAUAGUAGUGCAAAAUAUCACAAAGUUCACUUUUUAUCAUAUUUAAUGAAAUUGCGUGCUGCAUUUGGAAGUGUUCUGCUAAUGGAAGAGCGUGGAAAUAUAUUAUUAAAAGAUAUUUAGAAAAGAUUGAAAUUGUUUUUGCAAUUAGUGGUUGCUGUUGACAUUUUUUUUAUAGUUAUGGCUGUGAGUAAUAUUGAUUAGAGAAGAGUAAUA